AUGUCUUUCAUUUGGAAACGCAUCCAGCGUUCGAACAAGACGGGCACGAAGUUCACGUUCAGGGUCAAUCUCCAGGAGCUGAUCGUUGUCGGCACCCAGGACUGGCAUCCCGAGUUCUUGUCGAUUUCAUUGAUGCACAGGCGUCGAAUCGUCGUCUCUAAGCAACGUCAAUGGGAGCCUUCUUAUUCCAAGGAUGAGCAAUGCGUUCUCGUGUGGCCGGAUCAAGCACCGGAAAUUCUGGAGUUCACUGCUACACUUUACAAACGCCCCAACGACCAGCACUGGGACAACAAGAAUUGGACUAUUGCUCUUGACGCGAUUGACAAGAAAGGGAAACGCAAGUGCUUGGGAGCUGACACUCUGAACAUUAACUUGUUCGCCUAUCCAUCGUACUGUCGUCAGGGGCAUAUGAGGCUGAAAUUUCGGCCCCUUGUGCCUCAACUGCAAUGCGCCACGCUUAUGUUGGUCAUCUCGAGCCAAAAGGUUGAAGAAGGCCAAGAGGCGUCUUCUGGUGCUUCCGCUGCUGUUGAGCCGAAAGUUCCUGCUGCCGGCGAGGGAGAGGAUCUGAAGGCUGAAAUCGUGACUGCUACGGUGGUUACCGAAUCGGUCGAUGGGCAUGGUGGCGAAAAGGACACUGGCCAUGUUUCAAUGGAACUGUCGUCGUCAACCACCGACUCUCGUCCGACGUGGCGCGCGCCUGCUCAGUCAACUCCUGUUGACGCCAUCGAUCCACACGCCGUUUCAACUGAAAUGUUCUUCAAAGUGGAUGGUGGCUGCCGCCCCGUUCACGUGCCUUCGCCGGUGAAGGCUACAAACCAGCCUUCGGCUCGCCAGUCUUUCGAGCGCAGCUCUACCAGGGCCUCUUCUCGCGCUCCUUCGCUUCCUCCACCGGCGAAGGAGGGUUUGGAAACGGUUCUUCAAUGGGCGCAGAGAAUUACCAGGCACUAUCCCGGCGUCAAUCUGAGUGAUUUCACGAAGUCUUGGCGUUCCGGCCAGGCUCUAUGCGCUAUCAUCCAUGCCCAUCGCUCCGACCUCUUGCCCUAUGAAGAACUGUCUUUCAACGACACAUUGCUCAAUUACAAAGAGAAUAUCCAACAUGCACUGGUGGCGGCUAAUGUCCUUGGCGUUAGCGACAUUCCGGAUGAGAGUUAUUUCCUGACGCCUGAUAGUGUCACAAUCCGUCACUUCGUCGAAAAGCUUCGGCACAUCUUUGAAGGGGGGUCGGAUGAGCCUCAGCCUGCUGCUGGCUCGGACUACCGUCUGUCUCAGAUGUUCCCGAUUUCUGACUCUGAAAAGAAGGUAUUGGACGAACUGAAGUUGAUGCAAGAAAUUAUCAUGCGAAAGGACAGUUUUCCGGACAUGGACCAGAAGACCUAUUUUUCCGACUACCCGAGCACGUCUAAUGCCAAUGAUGCGUACAACCACACCGGGGGUCUGCAAAAUGGGCACCAUGGUGAAUCCGGCUCUUCUCUGGCCUCGUCAUCUGUCAGGGCACGUGCUGCCAGUCCGUCGCGUAAGGAAGAGUUGCGCAUGAAGGCUCGUCAGAUGCUGAACAAUCCCUCGUCCGCUCUCGGCACGCAUCCGCGUGAUGCCAAUCCCGAACUGCACGAGCGCGCCAAAGCCAUCAUCAGCAACGCCAUUCAGUCGACUGGCAAUCUGAUGGUCCGUAAGAACGGUGCCUUGCGCCAUGGGUCGUCUUCUCGUUCGCUCACUUCGGAAGGCUCCAGCGCGGAUCUGCGUGUUGUCGGCACCGUACCGAUGGGUCUCACCUUUCGCUCGUUCCGUCAGCAGGAUCCGUCCCCAGUUUUGCAUCGCAAGGAUUAUGGCAGCCCACAUGUCUCCGCCAUGUCGUUGUCCAGCGCCCAGGCGAUGGUCAUUAGCACGUCCGAUUUGGGCGAAUCGUCUCCUCCGCUGCAAAAUUCGGCGGAGAUGUCUACUCCGACACGCGCCAAGCUGAAGUCGAAGUGGGAGCUUGAUGUUGCCGAUCCGGUUCGCACGGCUAAGGAAAUGGCCGCGAUCAACGAGGAGAUGCGUAUUCUGGAUGCACAGGCUGAUCAGGUCCGCCAGAAGAUGCAGGAACCAGAAAUGGGCGAUGAGGAGGAGUGCCAGCUGAUGGAGACCUUGCAGUUCUGUCACAUUGAAAAGGAUCGUCUGGUCGGCCGUCAAGAGUACUACAACAACAUCGAGAACAUUCGUCUGGCUGAGGCUGAAUGCUCUGAGCUUCAGCAACUGAUCAACGAUGACUCUAUGAUGAAUGGCGAAAUGGCUUCGGACUUGGUCCAGCGUCUGCUCUUGGCCAUGGACCGCAGGAAGGAGCUGACGAUGAAGGUUGUGGAUGCUGAGGAGCAGAUCGAGGAACGUGCUGAGAUGCUUCGUGGUGACGCCACGCGUAACUCGUCCACUUUGAUUCGCCAUCAGACUCCCGGCUCUGCUUCUUCUCAGCGCGGCACGCCGCAAUACAAGUCGAUGCGUGAGAGGGCUAGCCAAUGGUUCACUUCGAAGGAC